AUGACAUGCACAACAUCCAUUCCUGCUGGUACCAUUAUCAAGCACCAUGGGUCAUCCUCCUCCUCCUCGUCAUCCCCUGCUUCUGUUACCACACUACAAAUCGUCAAGCGACUACAACAAAUCCAUUCAUUUCUUGUAUCCAUGCCGUCGUUGAAACCAGGUGACGCGGUGAAUAGAACAUUUGGUGAACUUGUUACCUUAUGCAUUGGCGUGUACCCAACAAGCACUGUACGCUCGGUAGUGAAUCAUCCAUUGACGCAGUCUCUACUCCCCUCGCUUCGUACAUUGGCGGCCAACGGCGAGUACCUUUUGGAAAAGACAUGGGCAGAGGCGUUGACACAAGAGGCACUUAAGAAAACCAACAAGCAAUCCACAAGAAACCUAGCAACAGGCCUUUUGCAAGAAUUUGUGUACUAUGACAACUACGAGCAGCUGGUGAAAAUGGAGUUGCAUUGUCUGUUGGGGGUAGACGCACAUCUUGACAGGGUCGUUUUUGUUGGCAGUGGACCACUCCCUUUGUCGUCGAUCCUUAUGGCGUCGCAUUGUCAGCUCCCUGUGACCAAUAUUGAUUAUUGCGAGGAUGCUAUCCGCAUUUCUACGGAUCUUGUGCACAGCCUUCAUCUACAAGAUAAGAUGCAUUUCUUUUGCGGAGAUGCUACAGAGUACCCGUUCUAUCAAGAUGCCGAUGUUGUUAUUCUUGGCGCGCUCGUUGGAGCCGAUGGUGAUGCCAAAAUCUCCUUCCUUGAUCGUAUCGCUGAAAACAUGAAAUCGGGUGCCAUUCUUUUGGUACGUAGUGCUCAUGCACUUAGAACAGUAUUGUAUCCUCCCCUUGAUGAAGAAGGUAUACCAUCCACCCUUGUUCCUGUGCUCGAAAUGCAUCCACAAAAUGAAGUCGUCAACUCGGUUAUCCUAUUCAAGAGGAGAUAA